AUCUACAAUUUCACUGCGUACGCCAUGCAAAAUGUCAGUUACGUGUUCCUCGAAUUUCCUCCAAGACUUUUCUUCGAACUAAUCUCUCGACGCUCUCUCGAGUUGUAUAUCGAACGAUUAUACGUUUCUUGUUUCGUGAAAAAAUAUGUUAAUAACGUUGAAUCUUGUUCUAUCCUGGAAAUUGUACCCGAUAAACUAGACACAUUUUCAACAGUGUACAAACAGGUUUACACGAGAUUUAUUCGAACAUACAAUCAUACAGGACUACAAAUCGAAAAUUUGAAAUAUAUUAAAAAAAAAGAGGAUAGUAAUGGUCAUUGGUUAUCCAAAAAGAAAAGUAAAGAACGAUGAACAGAGAGGCGCGGUCGAUAGGAACUCAAGUGUCUUGUCGAGAGAACAGACCCGAUCGAAGAAAUUACGGAUCUCUGGUGUAAUUAAUGUUUGACAGGAAACGAGAAAAAGCCUCGCUUAAGGAUGGAAAGGUGUUUCGGAAGCUUCUGUACGUAGUUACGGGGGAGUGAAACGGCAACAGCAAAGAAAGGGUUUGCAUAGCGGCGCAUCGAGAAAAGCUGUCCACUAACCUUCGGAUAACUCGAGAUCCAGCUCAGCAAGUUUUUCCCGCACGUCCUCCGGGAGUUUGCCGAUGUCGAUGUUGAACUCGGCCAUCACUAGGCCAUCCGCGCUGCGCCGAGAUCACCAAUUCUCCAGCCGUACAUACCACGACCCGUCACCACUGCUCGGCCAUCUUGCCUUAUACUGAUACGAGGGACUGCCAUUAGCUGGCGACACUGUUCGUUUAGACAUCUACCGGCUAAACAGUUGAUCCGCAAUCGGCGAUUACAUACAUUCACUGAUAACGUGUAUAAAUCCUAUUCAUGAAAGAAAAAUAAUAAAUUGAAUAUCAAUUCUAUACUUUUAUAAAUUGUUAAAAACCUCUAUCGUUCUCGCUACUUUCCUUAUUUGUUACAUACAGUUUCAUUUACGAUAUAUUUCUUUCAAUAAUACCUAAUAAUUAUGUUAUAAACAUUGGCAUAACUAGGAUCCCUGUCCGGAGUUGGCCAGCUUCCUUAGCUUUAUUAAACACGAUAAAUGUUUACUGUUGCUUAAUCCUAAUUUUAUGUAAUAAAAAUAUUUAAUUGCACAGUAUAUUGCAUUUUGUCCCAAAUGAAUAUUCGAACGCAUUCGAACUAGUCACGAGAAUGACAUCUGUUAUGCGACUUUAUCUUUCAAGUAGCAUUCCUUUCACGUGGAACUGAUCUGUAAUUUUUAUAGUGAUCACGCGGGCUAACCUCCUAGUAUCUGAUAGUUUAAUGAAAUAAAUUUAUAAAUGAUCAUAGUUUUGUUAUUUACUGUGAAAAUAUGGAAAUACUAGAAGAUCCAACGUUUAAGACACAGUACCAAAAAUAUAAAAAUCGUGUUAAGUUAUGGGAAAGUCGUUUUACAGAAAAACAUGGACGUAAGCCGAAUAAAAAUGACAUUAAGGAGGCUGAUAUAAAAAUUAAGGAAUCUUACAAAAUGUAUUGGAAAUUGAAAACACGUGCCUUAGAAGAAACUCUUAUAGAUAUUACAUUUUCUGAAGAAGUACAAGAUAAUGUUUUGGAUAAAACUUUGACGCAAACAUCAGUUGAAGAAACUAAAGAAGAUAAUAAACCUUUAUCAGAUGACAAUAAACAAAAUUUGGAAAAUGUAUCUCAGAAAGUUACAGAAAAUACAGACAUAAACAUUAUACUAAGCACAGACAAUAAAGAUAUUGAAAAUGUAGAUCCACACUGUCAGAAUCAGGAUGCUGCUACUACUACUUCAUUGGUAGUUAAAAAUGAAUGUACAAAUAUGAAAGGUGUGUGGGGUGAUCAUCUAAGUAAAAGCAAUGAAAUAUAUAAGAAGAAAGAAACAUUACUUGUUGGUAGAUCAUCUUCCUUUCAGCUAUCACAAAAUAAAUUUACAAGUUCUAUGUUUGUGAAAAGAAAUCCCAGGAAAUCUUUAUCAGCAUCAAAAAUCAAAAGUAAAUCUGAGAAAAGUAUGAAUAUUCAGACAAAUGUAUCUGAAGAAUCUACAAAUACAGAAACACAUAAUGAAGAUGGCAUUGAUGUUAAUAAAAAAUCAACAUCUGUAUUUAAUAACCCAGUGAAAGUUACUUACACAGAGUCUACAUCUGGUUCACAGUCCAUUAACACAAUACAGCAAGUGAUUGCAGGUCACACUGUUAGUAGGAACUUGAAUCCAGCAUGGCUAGAUAGAUGUGCUAAGCAAAAUAAUGUGGAAUAUUCAGCAUUCGAUUCACAGAGGCUUUCUGGUACAAGUGAUUCUGGAAUUGAAUCAAUGGAAUCCAGUAUUUAUUCGCCUAAGGAAAAUACCCAAAUGUCUGAAACAUCUAAACAUCCUUUAAUAUCAGAUGAAGAAGAUUUUGUUUGUAAUAGUGAUUCAGAGGAAACAUGGAGAAAUAAACGCAUUAGAAACUUUAAGAAAAACUUUAGUGAUCAAGAGAUUCACUGCCCUAAAAGACCAUGUCUGGAUAAUAAUAUAAAUGUUCCUACUAUGCAGCAGCUACCAACUAACAUGAAUGUACAUGGUGUGCAUUCUCUUAAAGUGUCUAAUGAAGUGAAAUACAAAGAUUUUAGCACAACUAAUGUAAUUGCAGAUAAAGAUAAUGAUAGGAGUGACAACACAACUAUUGUGACAAAUGUGGCAAAUGACAAUGACAAAUGCAUCGAUGAAAACAGCGAUACAGAGACAACUAAUAAAAAUUCGACGAAUCGUCGUAAGGUUCGCAGAAGAAUUAAGCAUAUUUCUUCCGAUGAUUCUGAUCCCGAUUUUAAUGAAAAUAAUAAAGUGGAAGGAAAGAAAAAAGAGAAAAGCUCAAAGACGAAACGAAAAAGUUCAACGAGAAAGAAUAAAUCUACAAAAGAACCAACUUCAAAACAAGAGAAAAACAGUACAUUUAAAACCAAAAGAACUUCUAGAAAGAAAAAGUAUGUACAAAGCGAUGAUGAUAACUUUUUAGAAAAUGGUACUACAGACCUAGAAACAACUGAUAAGGGCUCUGAAAUAUAUGGAGUAGAAACGUUACAAGCUGUUCCACGAUUUUCAAUAAAUAUGUCUAAUCAAGGGGAUCUGAUCGAACAGUGUACCAAAUCUGUUUCUUCAACAGCUACUAAUUCGACUAAGUCUGUUGCACUUCCUAAAUCGAAAGGAAAAUUAACAGACAAAGAAAAAUUAGAAAAAAAGAUAGCGGAUGGGAAUGUAAACGAGAACUUUGUUAGAAUUAAUUUGAAAAAGAAAAUAUUUGUACGUGGUAAAAAACAUUUCAACUUUUCGAAAUACAAGAAAAAUCAGUGGAAACAAAGAAAAAAAGAUCUUCAGUCGAGUGAAAAUAGCUUAGUAGUAGCUGACUAUCUUGAGAAGAAAGGCGUUUCGAAUUGCUUUAAAUGCGGAGAAGUGGGUCAUUUUUCCCGAAACUGUCCAAAUAGCAAUACCGACGAUUUGAUACCAUUAGGAGAAAUAGACGAUGGUUCUGAAUUCCUAACUUUGGAAGAAGCACAAGAAAUGGCUAGUCAAAAUGCACUUAUUGCGCAUGCUAAUAGAAUUGACCGUUUACCAGAGAAACCGUCUUAUUCUUCUAAAGCAGAAGCUGAACAUGAAGGAAAGGAAAUAGAAAAGUCGGACAAUGAUGAUUUAUGGGAACCUAUUGAAAACGAAGAACUCUUAUGUGGACAUAAAAUACCUGAUGAAUUGGUAACAAAAUUACUGCCUCCAAUAAUUGACACAGUACAGCCAUUGUACAAGCUUAAAGAAGAUCAAUCGUGUAUAGAAACGCCAGCAGAAGUUUUUGAAACACUGGAGAAAUUCGGUCAUAAAAGUUUUAAACCUGGACAAGAAAAAGCAAUAAUGAGAAUACUUUCCGGUCAAUCGACUUUAGUGACUUUAUCCACUGGCUCUGGAAAAUCUUUAUGUUAUCAAUUACCUGCGUAUCUUUAUUCAAAAUAUUCUAAUUGUAUUACUUUAGUAAUAUCACCGUUGGUGUCUUUGAUGGAUGAUCAAGUAACAGGCGUACCGUUCUUCUUAUCAGCAGCAUGUCUGCAUACAAAUCAAACAGAAAAAGUAAGAAAUAACGUUAUGCAAAUGGUAAAGCAAGGAAAAUUGAACAUUUUACUAAUCUCUCCAGAAGCCGUAGUCGCUGGAGAAAAGUCAACAGGCUUUGGUGCCCUGUUAAGGCAACUUCCACCAAUUGCUUUCGCGUGUAUAGACGAAGCUCAUUGUAUUUCACAGUGGUCUCAUAAUUUCCGUCCGUCUUAUCUUAUGGUUUGUAGAGUUCUUAAAGAAAAAAUGGGUGUUAAAACAGUAUUAGCUCUCACCGCAACUGCAACAAAAACUACUACAGAGAGCAUAGUAAAUCAUCUAGGGCUACACGAUGGAAUGGCAGGUGUUAUAUCUGAUAUUCCAAUGCCGAGAAAUCUAAUGUUAACUGUUUCCCGAGAUGAACACAGAGAUCGUGCCUUAAUUGAACUGUUACAAAGCGAAAGAUUCAAACAAUGUAAUUCGAUUAUCGUUUACUGUACUCGACGGGAAGAAUGUGUGAGAAUCGCUGGGCUUCUAAGGGUUUCUUUACAGGACACGAAUAAUUUCACCAAGCCUAACAGCAAGUUGUCUCCCAUUGCUGAAGCAUACCAUGCUGGUUUACCAGCUUCCCGUAGAAAGACGGUGCAAAAAGCUUUUAUGAAUGGACAAAUUAGAAUUGUUGUAGCUACUGUUGCUUUUGGUAUGGGUAUUAACAAAUCGGAUAUUCGUGCUAUUAUUCAUUAUAAUAUGCCUGGAACCUUUGAAAACUACGUUCAAGAAGUUGGAAGAGCUGGCCGGGAUGGACAAAUAGCACAUUGUCAUAUGUUUUUACAUCCAAAGGAGGAUGGUGAUAAAUGGGAAUUACGCCGGCAUAUUUAUGCAAAUGGAGUAGACAGACAUUCAAUUAGACGUUUACUUCAAAAAGUUUUUGUCCCGUGUUCGUGUGCAAAGAUACAAGCGAAAGAUAGAAAUUAUAGAUGUCCGGGUCACGAGGUUGCUAUACCAGUCGAUGAAACGGUUAUAGCUCUGGAUAUUUCGGCGGAAAUAAUUUCAACGCUAUUAUGUUAUCUCGAAUUACAUCCUAAACGAUUUAUUACCGUUCUAUCAUCCGUAUAUGUCAGAGCUAGGGUUUCAAGCUACGGUGGUCCUCAAGCGUUAAAACAAGCUGCACAAUCUUCACCACCACUGGCAAUGGCAAUAGCACUCGACUUACAAAAGGGCGUUUCUCACGAUAAUAGUAGCGUUAUUGAGUUUCCCGUUGUAGACGUAGCGUCUGCUAUCGGUUGGGAUAGCGGUGUAGUAAAAAGUCAUCUGAAAAAUUUAGAAUGGAAAACAGGUUUGUUCGAGGAAAUAAGAUUUGUAAAGAUACCCUUCGUAAUAUUAAAAUAUCUCGCUUUUGUUUCAGUUAAUGGAACUUCAAAGCGGUCUAACAUAUCAGUACGGUAUGAUACACUUGGCUUAAGGGUAAAAGCUCCGGGGGAUCUAACAGAUGAAGAGCUAGAUGAAGCACUUGAGACGUUAGUUGAUCGUGCUCGUUUCCAAGAAACUGCAGCUUUACAACAACUUGAAACAAUUAGUGCAACGCUUCAUAAACUUAGCAUGCCAUCGGUCAAAAUGUGUCUAGAAUUGAACGAUGAAGUAACCAAUAAAUCUAACGAGUUAAAAGACAUUAUUCGAAAUUACUUUGAGGGAAAAAUUCUAGUGGAUAUCGAUUCCGUUCAACAAACUAAAGUAGAAAAUGAUGCACAAAUAGUCUCGGACGUACGGAACCUAAUUGUAAGUUAUCGAGACAAUAACUUUACUGGACGUGCAAUUGCUCGCAUUUUUCACGGUAUACAAAGUCCGAAUUAUCCUGCCUAUGCUUGGAAUAAGUGCCGCUUUUGGAGAGCUCAUCUUUCAUGCAAUUUCAAUGCUUUGUGCCAAAUUGCAACGAAAGAAAUUUUAGCUCUGCGUUAAGGUAGGUAUUUUUAAUAUUUAAAGAAAAAGUUUUUGUGAACUUCAGUUUGUUAUAGCAAAAUAUUUUAAACGUCACAAAUACGCGAAUACUAUGUGAUGCUUUUUGUUUUAAAUACUUUAACUGAAACGUAGGGUUCUAAUAAUACUGGACAAAUUUUUAUCGAAUAAUUUUAUUUUAAAAAGCAUAAAAAAUGUAAGAUCGGGUAACACUUUAUUGCUUCGACAACAAGUGCCUGAGUUCACUUAGUUAUAAUAUGUAAAAUAUUUAACCGCGUAUAUCAAAAGAGAGUAACUUAUUUUUUUACAUUUAUAAAAUAAAUUGUAAUACAAAUACUUCAAUAAAGUUGAUGCCAUAAUUAUUUCCUUCCGUCAUUAUGCUAAUUUUUAUGCGUAACAGUUAUGAAAUUUAUAUCGUUACAUUAUUAUUGUUAGUAAUACACAUUCCCUGAUAUAAAAAUUUUUUUCCUGCACCAUUGCUACUCUUAAUUUGUUCCAUUUACAUUAGUAAAUUGGAUUAGGCGUAGAAUAAUAAAAUCUAAACGAAUAGAAGUCACAAAUAACUUUUGUUACUUUCAUAAUACUAAAAUACAUUUAAUACGAUAUGUUCUCUUUGAAGCAGCGUUAAACGCUGCUCGAUCUGUGACAUGUGUUUCCAUGGUGUUUAGAAUAAAAAAAUAAUAUACAUA